AUGAAUGAUUUUAUCCGAGGAGAAUUCAAGUUCGAUACAAAAACCGUAGAAGUUGAAAAAUAUAAAAAGAAUCCCAAUGUAACAUUUAGGAUUCCUGUUCCACUAGGAAAUUUAGAUUUAAAUCAGGAAUCGCAACCUGAAUCGCUCCCAUACAAACCGCCAGACUCCUUAUUUUCACAAAAUCAACACUCAGUUAAUGUUAGAAUACCAUUUAAAAACCUUAUAGAAAGGAAAAUUCCUGAUAUUGAAAAGUUAUUCCAGGUUCGAAUGUCAUUACAGGAUGUAGAUGGUGACUUGAAAUUAAUCGCCUCAGGUGAAAAAGCAGAACCAUCAAUAAACGAGAUCAUAGAUAUUUGCAGAAAGAGUAAUGUGUACAACUUCUAUUUGUGUUUCCCAGUUAGAGGAGAUCAGUUUCAUAAAAGUUUCUCAGAAUUCCAAAAAUCAGUAAAGAAUAAAUUAGGCGGUAACGUUACAUUUGAAAAACGCCCACAUGUUACCUUGGCCCUAGUCAACCUUGUAACCGACUCAGAUAUAUAUAACGUUGUAAGAGCAUUGCAAAUCACCUCCCUAACAAUUACAUCCGUCCUUAAACAACAAUCGCAAAAUGAUCAUAACCAGUAUUACGUCGACUUAGAAGGACUUGAUUUUAUAAAAUAUAAAGGAAAGUUUGCCAAGAGAAGUGUCCUUUUUACAAAUGUUGUCAUGAGUGAAGCUCUAAGUGAUAUAGCGACAGAGUUCCAAAAUACCCUCAACAAAACAGUUAACGGAUUCAUGGACAAACCGAAAAAAAGGAAAAUUAACAAAUCCAACAGAAUAUCUAACCUAACGGAAUCUCAACUGGCGCCUAAAGGGAUUUACUUAUCCCGUGGUGGAACCAUUGAAAUAUCUUUUACGGAUGUUCCUCUGGUGGACCCGAAUUAUAUGAAAACUAACCCCAAUAAACAAACACAGGGUGAAGAAACCUCUACUUCUGAAUCUAAUGAACCAGAAACUCAGGAACAAGAACUAGAAAUGGAAAUGGAAAAAAAGGAAAGCGAAAGCGAUGAAGAAGAAAACUAUGAAUACGACACUUCAGUAAAAAACAAGUUCCAUGUAACACUAAUGAGACACCAACAUGUCAAUAUAUUAUCCAACCUUAAAUUCUCAACCAAAACACAAGUGGUAUGCGCCGAACUUAGACCGAGGAGAGGAGAAACUUGCAACUUUAACUCUUACAAUUCAGGAGAACUAGCUUCAUUCGUGGGAACCAGUUAUGAUAACGAGGAAAAUGAAGAUAACGCAACAAGAAUAUGUAGUGCUAGGCCGUCAAAUAUUCCAAAUGAUCACCUAGUUGAUAUGGAUCCUGAAAAUAACAACAAGGCUGAAAGAUUUCUAUUUUGGAUAUAA